AUGGCCCCAUACCCAACCGAAUGCCAUCAAACACUCAAAGGUCACAAAGGCCCUAUUAGCGAUGUAUGCUACAACCAAUCUGGACAAUAUUGUUUAUCUGGAGGACGCGAUCGGACCGUACGAUUAUGGAAUCCACUGAGUGGUAUGGAACUACAUAGCUACAUUGGCCAUGGACGCGAUGUCCUCGGUGUCUCAGUAGCGUCGGAUAAUGCAAAGAUCGCAAGUUGUGGUGCUGAUCGUGCCGUGAUACUUUGGGACGUGGGGACGGGCGAGGUUCUUCGAAGGUACACAGCCCACUGGGAGCGUGUAAAUAGCGUGGAUUUCAAUGAGGAGGCUUCAGUGAUUGUCAGCGGAUCUUUUGAUGCCACGAUACGGAUAUGGGAUACCAGGUCAUACAACAUGCAACCUAUUCAGGUGUUAGAAGAUCCCAAAGACAGCGUAAUGUCCGUGCAAGUAAGAGGCGUCGAAAUAGUGGCAGGAUCCACAGAUGGACGCGUGCGAGUUUAUGAUAUCCGAAAUGGUCAUCUUGCUGAGGAUUACAUUGGACCUGCGAUUACCUCUGCUUACAUGUCCAAUGAUGGCAAUUGUGUUCUUGUCAGCACGUUGGACAAUACGAUUCGAUUGAUGGAUAAGGCAAACGGGACGCUUUUGAAUGAGUUUACCGGCCACACACACAAGGAUUACAAGCUGAACUCGGUGCUUUCAAACGAUGACGCUUAUGCUAUCAGCGGGUCUGAGGAGGGAAAUGUGUAUAUAUGGGAUGUGCUCGAAGGAAAGACUGUGGCAAAGCUUGAAUCACACAACGGCGUUGUUUCGGCAGUGGAUUAUCACCCGCAAGAUGUUGGCAUGGUAACAGCAGGCGAUGAUGGAUUGAUACGCGUAUGGAGCUAG